AUGGCAGAUCUACCUAGAGAUCGAUUGCAAGGAACGGUGAGACCCUUCACGAUCAGUGGCGUCGAUUACGCUGGGCCUGUUCAAAUUCGAGAAGGAAGGAGAAGAGGUAGGAUACCUUUAUCAAAGGGAUACAUCGCAUUAUUCGUCUGCUUUCACACUAAGGCAGUACAUUUAGAAGCCGUUACGGAUCUAACAACCGAAGCAUUUUUAGCAGCAUUGCGAAGAUUCACUGCAAGAAGGGGUCUUUGCACUACCUUAUACUCGGAUAACGCUACAAACUUCGUUGGAGCAUUAAGAGAAUUGAAGGAGCUCUAUCAAUUUAUAGAAGACCAAACAGAAGAAAUUAAAACACGCUUAGCCUCAAAAAAUAUUGACUGGAAAUUUAUACCACCCAGAUCUUCGAAUUUCGGUGGAUUGUGGGAGGCUGCCGUAAAGGCAACAAAAAGGCAUUUGUAUACUGUCACCCGAGAGCUCAUAUUGACUUACGAAGAGUUUAGUACAUUGCUUACCGAAAUAGAAGCAGUUUUAAAUUCCCGUCCUCUAGUCCCUUUAUCUUCUCAUCCUAACGAUUUAACUGCACUAACUCCAGCUCACUUCUUAUUCGGAGAAUCACAAGCCGAACCUGUUCAAAGAAAUUUGCUAAACCUUCUGGUUAACACUUUAUCACGUUGGCAGCAUCAGCAACGAGUUCGUCAGCACUUUUGGUCGCGUUGGCAAAGGGAAUAUUUGCAUCAACUGCAAAUGCGUACCAAAUGGUAUCAUAAUUCAACCGCUCUAACAGUAGGCACGAUGGUUUUGUUGAUGGACGAAUCCAAUCCUCCCAGCAAAUGGAGUUUAGGACGGGUGAUUGAACUUCAUCCAGGCAGCGACCGAGUGGCCAGGGUGGCUACUGUCAAAACAGCGCAUGGACUAUAUAAAAGGCCUAUAAGAAAACUGUGUGCGCUUCCAUUGAACGGUGGAACCAAUGAGGAAGUUUAA